GGCGGGCGUUUUCCGUCGCUCGCGGAUGACGUGUUAGGAGAGAGCCGAGGGGUCCGGCGGGCGGGUGGCCGGGCAGGGCGGGCGCUGAGAAAUGGCGGAGUAUCUGGCCUCCAUCUUCGGGACCGAGAAAGACAAAGUGAACUGUUCUUUUUAUUUCAAAAUUGGAGCAUGCCGUCAUGGAGAUCGUUGUUCUCGGUUGCACAAUAAGCCAACAUUUAGCCAGACCAUCUUGAUUCAAAACAUCUAUCGUAAUCCCCAAAACAGUGCACAGACGGCUGACGGCUCACACUGUGCUGUGAGCGAUGUUGAAAUGCAAGAACAUUAUGAUGAAUUCUUUGAGGAAGUCUUUACAGAAAUGGAAGAAAAAUAUGGUGAAGUAGAAGAGAUGAAUGUCUGUGACAACCUUGGAGAUCACCUAGUUGGAAACGUAUAUGUAAAGUUUCGACGUGAAGAAGAUGCAGAAAAGGCUGUGAUUGACCUAAACAAUCGAUGGUUUAACGGACAGCCAAUUCAUGCUGAGCUUUCCCCUGUGACAGAUUUCAGAGAAGCAUGUUGUCGUCAGUAUGAAAUGGGUGAGUGCACACGAGGAGGUUUCUGUAACUUCAUGCAUUUGAAACCCAUUUCUCGAGAAUUGAGACGUGAGCUGUAUGGCCGUCGUCGUAAGAAGCAUAGAUCCAGGUCAAGAUCCCGGGAGCGUCGCUCUAGAUCCAGAGAUCGUGGCCGUGGAGGUGGUGGCGGAGGAGGAGGAGGUGGUGGUGGUGGUGGCCGAGAGCGCGAUAGAAGGCGGUCAAGAGAUCGUGAAAGAUCCGGGAGAUUCUGAGCCAUGCCAUUUCUAUCUUGUCUGUUAGAAAGUGUUGUAGUUGAUUGACCAAACAAGUUCAUAAUGACAAUUUUUUAAAAAAAGAUGGGCUUCUGAAUAAAAAUUUGUAGUGAUACAGUUUUUUUUGCGUAACUGAUUUCUUAUGGAAAAGGUAUCUUAAUUUCCCUGACUGAAUGACUGAGGUAAUAAUUGCAAUGUAUUACAGAUGAGCAGGUUUUUACAUUUAGGUAUGACUGAAACUGUUAAUGUAUAUAAUAUUAAAAUAUUAUAUACAUUAAAGAAUGCUUUACCAGUUACAUGUUUAAGUUUCCCUCUUCCGUUAUGCUGUCUGCUUAUUUAGGUUAGCUUAGGCACAGCCUUAAAAAGCUGUGCAAGGAGGAUUUCUUUACUCAGUCAAAAUGCUUAGUCGCAUAUAUCUGUAUGUUACUAAGAAGUCCGUGCUCUGUGAAUGUGGCAUUUACAAUAAAUCCAAUUUUUGACUUAAAA